AUGGUUGCAAAUGAGACCCAUCAGUAUACAGGGAUCAUCUGGUUACUGCAGCAUUUUAGAUGGACCUGGAUUGGGCUUCUUGCUGUGGAUGAUGAAAGCGGAGACCAUUUCUUGCAGACCCUGGAGCCAUUGCUUUCCCAAAAUGGAAUAUGCACAGCUUUUUCAGAAAGAAUCCCAAACCAAGGCAAUUUCCACGGCUUUGAAGAUCUUAAUGAUCAGGCCCAAAAUAUUUACAAGCCUUUCAUGGAUAUGAAAGCCAGAACAUUUAUUAUAUAUGGGGAAACGAUGACUGUAAUGUGGCUGAUCACUUUAAUUGUAGUAGUUGCUCCUGAAUAUAAGGAAAACACUUCAGUUGGAAAGGUGUGGAUCAUGACAGCCCAGAUUGAUUUUUCCGUAACUGGUCUUAUAAGGGGUUGGGAUUUUGAAAUAUUUGAAGGCACAAUUUCCUUUGCAAUUCACUCAGAAGAACCUUUGGGGUUCCAGACAUAUCUUCAGAAUGUAAGGCUUCAUUGGUCACAAGGGGAUGGUUUCCUCAAGGACUUCUGGGAGCAAGCAUUCAACUGUUCAUUUCCAAAUCCUGAAGCAACAGCAAAAGUUGAUAGGUCAUGUACUGGAGAGGAGAAGCUGGAGAGACUUCCAGGGGCUGUUUUUGAAAUGCGCAUGACUGGCCACAGCUACGGUAUCUACAAUGCUGUCUAUUCUGUGGCUCAUGCUUUGCAUGCCUUGCACUCAUCUAGAUUCAAUCAGAGAGAAAAGAUGAGGGGUAAAAGAAUUCAACUUCAAGGUCUCCAACCUUGGCAGCUCCACCCAUUUCUGCAAGGCAUUUCAUUUAACAACUCAGCUGGAGAACCGGUAACUUUUAAUGACAAGAGGGAAAUGGGAGCUGGAUUUGACAUCAUGAACAUGGUCAUGUUCCCCAACAACUCUUUUGUUCAAGUGAAGAUUGGAAGGGUGGAUCCCAAUGAAGGACACAAAUUCCUCAUCAGUGAUGAUAGGAUUGUAUGGCACAGGCGGUUUAACCAGGUGCUUCCCCUUUCUGUGUGUACUCCUUCUUGCCAUGCUGGUAAUCAGAAGAAAGCGAAGGAAGGGGAAAAGUUCUGUUGCUUCGAUUGUGGUCCAUGCCCGGAAGGGAAGAUUUCAGAUCAAGAGGAUAUGGAUGACUGUUUCAAAUGCCCAGAAAAACAAUAUCCAGGCAAGGAAAAAGAUAAAUGCAUUUCCAAGUCAAUAGGCUUUCUGUCCUAUGAAGAGCCAUUAGGAAUCAGUUUAACUUUGGUUACUGUUUCUUUCUCCUUAAUCACAGCCAUGGUGAUUGGAAUUUUUAUUAAGCACAAAGAUACCCCCAUAGUCAAAGCCAACAACCGGGACCUCACCUACAUUCUCCUUAUUUCCCUCCUGCUCUGCUUCCUCUGCUCUUUUCCUUUCAUUGGGCAGCCUCAGAAGAUGUCCUGCCUUUUCCGACAAUCCUCCUUUGGAAUCAUCUUUUCAGUGGCUGUCUCUUGCAUCUUGGCCAAAACCAUCACUGUGGUUAUGGCUUUCAUGGCCACCAAGCCAGGCUCCAACAUGAGGAAGUGGGUGGGGAAAAGGGUGACCAACUCCACCGUGGUUUCCUCCUUCCUCAUUCAAGCUGCCAUUUGUGCCACGUGGCUGGCAAUGUCUCCUCCAUUUCCAGAUUUGGACAUGCAUUCGCUGCCAGAAGAAAUUGUAGCAGAAUGCAACGAAGGCUCUGUCGUCAUGUUCUAUCUUGUCUUGGGCUACCUUGGACUUCUGGCUACCAUCAGUUUCAUUGUGGCUUUCCUGGCAAGGAAGCUGCCAGACACAUUCAAUGAAGCCAAGUUCAUCACCUUCAGCAUGUUGAUGUUCUGCAGUGUUUGGUUGUCAUUUGUUCCGACGUACCUGAGCACCAAAGGGAAAUACAUGGUGGCUGUGGAGAUCUUCUCCAUCUUAGCCUCCACUGCUGGAUUACUUGGCUGCAUCUUUUCCCCCAAAUGUUACAUUAUUCUGCUGAGGCCUGAGCUGAACAGUAGGGAGCAGCUAAUAAGGAGAAGAACUAGAUAACUCUAACUCAGGCUCACUCAAACUCAGCCCUCCAGAUGUUUUGAGACUACAGUUCCCAUCAUCCCUGACCACUGGUCCUACUAGCUAGGGAUCAUGGGAGUUGUAGGCCAAAAACAUCUGGAGGGCUGAGUUUGACGAAGCCUGCUCUAACUAGAUUCUAUUACAGCAUUUGGAAUGGAGACAGAGGGCACAAUCCAAAAACUGGGUUGGAAUACUAUCUAUGCCAAUCCAAACUAUCUGCUCACCUCAAAAAAAGUGGGGGGGGGAUAUGAGGCGGUAUUCUGCAUCAGUGGAGAACAGAUAAUAAAACCAGUGAUUAUAUAACCUCUUUUGUUUUGUUUUCUAAGUACUUUUGAUGUAUUUAACUUUUAUAACUUAGGACAAUGCUCCAUUGUAGCUACAUCAUCAGAUGAUGAGAUCAUAUAAUGGAAUUCCCGUACAGUGGAACCUCGGUUCACAACUACCUCUGUUUAUGAACGCCUCCGUUUACGAACGCCGCAGACCCGGAAGUAUUUACAUCCGGGUUCCGUGGUGUCGGAUGCACAGAUCGCUUCUGUGCAGCGUGUGUGUGUGCAGAAGCACUCUAUCGGCGCUUUGCGAACGCGCAAAAGCGUGCCUUCGGGGAGCGAAUGCCUUCAUUUACGAACGCCUCCGUGGAACGGAUUGUGUUCAUAAACCGAGGUUCCACUGUAUUUGAAACUUCUGUUUUGCUUUUCUAAUGUCCUGUUAGGUAGCUGUUCUAAGGUAGCUGUUGAGAUGGUGAUCAUCUCACACCUUGAAUUACGUUAGAUUUCCUCUUGCCAAUAAAGUAAGCUUCAUUAACGUGUGGCCCUGAAAUUCCGGACCCUCCCUCCAAACUGAUGCCAAAGUUUAGCGCUAGAUUAGUGCCAUUUUGUUUCGUGAACCUUGUGUUUCGUGCAGCCUCCCCAAACUGAGAAACUGACACAGGUAAUCGGGGUCAUAAGUUAAUACCAAAGAGUCCUCUUCUGUGUGUUUAAUUUUCCAAUGUUCAUGUGUUGUUUGAGCAGUUUUAUUGAGUUAAUUUUCUGCUAUGCUCCAAUGCAGUAAAUGUUGCUGUUGUUGUUGAUGAGUUCUCUGCAGUAGGUUCCGCAGAGUGGGACAGCAGUGGUUGCCAGAUCUCAUGUCACUGGUAUUGCUGCAGCUUAUUGGGAAAGACAAGGUCAGUACAGUGCACUAGUGCCAGAUGGAUUCUGCCAGUGUGUUUGUACUAUGCCAAUGCCAUUGCUUUCCUCACCCCUCUCCCUAUUAGUAAUCUACAACAACUCUGCUGACAGGUGGUCAGGUACUCCAUCCUGUAGACCAUUAUGGAUUAUCUGCUCCAUACAAAAACGACACUUUCUUGCUUGUCCACUGUGAUCCUCUGUGGUUGUUGGAUAUUAAGUGUGGACAGUACUGUCUGGGGAAAGGAGGCUUGCAGGUAGACAAAAUAGUGGAAGGGGAAAUAUAUACAGUAAGGGUGAGAGAGAGAGAAAGAGAAAAGAUUGAUAGGCAUAGGAAAGAGGGCCUUUUCUGUGGUGCCUCCACAUCUCUGGAACUCUCAACCUGGGGAGGGGAUUGACCAUGGGGGUUAGAAGGGCAAUGCAUGUUUGGUAGGGAGCAAAGAUGUCUGUAAUAGUAAAAUCAUUAAGUCAUGAGAACAUUGGUUGAACAUCAUGUACUAUUUUUGGGGGGAACAAAUUCUUGGUUUUCAUCUUAGUCUUUUGUAAUACUUAAGAUGUUUGGCAGGAUUCCCAAAUAAAGCAUUUGUUUCCCUUCUCUUAAUGUCUUCAUUCAGUCUGGUGCAGUUAACUCAAUUUAGAGAGCUGCCAUGGGCAAAGGGAGGUUUUUUGUCAGGCUUCAGAUUCACUCCCUCCCACUGUGUGUCUUGCACAGUAAUAAACAGCUGUGUCCUCGGGUUUCAGGCUGUUCAUCUGCAGAUAUACCAUGUUUGAAGGCUCGUUCUUGAAGAUGGUGAAGCGCCCUCUCACUGAGUCAGCAUAACUUUGCGAGCUUCCACCACAAUCCUCUGCAGUCCAUUCCAGUGCCUUCCCUGGAGCCUGUCGUACCCAAUGCAUGCAGUAGCUGCUGAGGGUGAAGCCAGAGGUUCGACAGGAGAGGCGGAGAGAUGCUUCGGGUCUUUUGACAUCUCCUCCAGACUCAACCAGCU